AUGUCUCUCGUUAAAAUCAAGCAUAUUCUUCUCGUCCUCUCGGGCAAGGGUGGCGUGGGGAAGUCGUCGGUCACCACACAGCUCGCUUUGUCACUUUCACUCGGCGGCUAUUCCGUUGGGGUACUCGAUGUCGACCUUACUGGACCUUCAAUGCCGCGCAUGUUUAAUAUUGAAGACGCAAAGGUUACUCAAGCGCCAGGAGGGUGGCUUCCCGUAACUGUGCACCCUGCCAACCCGGAGGCCGGUAUAGGCGAGCUGAAAUGCAUGAGUCUUGGCUUCCUAUUGCGUGGAAGAGGCGAUGCGGUCGUAUGGCGUGGCCCCAAGAAGACCGCAAUGGUCCGGCAAUUUCUCUCAGACGUAUUGUGGGGGGAGAUGGAUUUUCUACUCAUCGAUACACCCCCGGGGACAUCUGACGAGCACAUAUCACUUGCAGAGACAUUGCUGAAAGAUGCACUCCCGGGACAGGUCUCCGGAGCGGUAGUAGUGACUACACCUCAAGCGGUCGCCACAGCUGAUGUCAGAAAAGAAUUAAAUUUCUGCGCGAAGACGGGCAUAUCGGUCGUCGGUGUCGUCGAAAACAUGGUCGGGUUUGUUUGCCCGAAUUGCGCCGAAUGCACCAACAUAUUCGGCAAGGGAGGAGGCCAAGUCAUGGCGGAAGACUUCCACGUCCGCUUUUUAGGAGGGGUCCCUAUCGACCCUCAAUUUGUCAUGUUAGUUGAGUCCGGACGACGACCUCGGUACCCAAAAGGGACCGUUAUCAACGGAAAAGACUUCUCUGAGACCGACGAAAUCAACCACACAGGCACGCCGACCGAAGAAGCCAAAGAUGCUAGCCUGCUUGCAAACAAAUAUCUGGAUUGUUCCCUUGAGCCUAUCUUCAGAAAGAUCACGCAAGAUAUUAUCACAGCUGUCGGAUGA